GGGGCGCACGGUGAGUUCCCGACGAUCUGCGUGCUACGAGUUUCCAGGGCGUGGGGGCGGUGGAUUUCGGGCCGCAUUCCGGUUUCGUGGGUAGAUCUGGCGGUUUCGUGCGGAGUUCUAUCGGCGCCCUAAUGCUGCUGGUGAUGAGGGAUUUUUUUAAACCGUCGGGUUUUUCUUGUGUGUGUUCAAAUUUGCGGAAAUUGACGGGGGUCACGGGCGAAAUGUAUGGUUUUAAGGUGGGUGUUGUGCCUGGCCUGAAUUGGGCACGAACAAUGGCGUAGUUUAGGGUGUUGGGAUGCUGUGGAUUUGCCGGCAAUGCGCUUCUGUUCUUAGCUGGAAAAAAACUGGAGCUUUUGAUUCGUUUUAUUCGGUUGGAAACAUGGCCCGGCGUCCCGGCCAACUGGCUUGAGCUGUUUCCAGACCAGAGAGAAGGUUGGUUGGAUUUCUCUGGCCUAGUAGGCAUUUGUUGGCCUCCCACCCCCCAAAACUUGUGGUGGUGGCCGUAGUUGAAAUGCUUUCUAAUGGUGGGGCAGUGACCCUCGCUUUCGAACCGAUUCGUAUGGGCGCAGCUGGUUCCAGUGUUCUUUGGUGGUGGCCUUGCUUUGCCCGAAAAGGUUGGCAUUUCGAGUGCUGAGACAUCGGCUUCAUUGAAUCCUAAAGCACGGUUGAGCCAUGGCUGGCUCCCUUGCUGCCUCAGCCUUCUUCCCUGGCCCAGGGGCGUCUCCAGCAGCAUCCGCGAAGAACUUGGCUGGUGAAGUACCGGAUAGUUUGAGCGUCCGUGGUAUUGUCGCAAAGCCUAAUGCCAAUUCUGGGAACAUGCAAGUGAAGGCUCAAGCACAAACCCUUCCCAAGGUUAAUGGCACCAAGGUUAACCUCAAGAAUGCAAGCUCAGACACAGAGGAGGCGAUACCCUACACUGCUCCCAAGACAUUCUACAACCAACUGCCAGAUUGGAGCAUGCUUCUUGCGGCUGUCACUACCAUCUUCCUGGCAGCAGAGAAGCAGUGGACACUGCUUGACUGGAAGCCGAAGAAACCCGACAUGCUUGUUGAUACAUUUGGUUUUGGUGGGAUCAUCCAGGAUGGGAUGGUGUUUAGGCAAAACUUCAUUAUUCGGUCCUAUGAGAUUGGUGCCGAUCGUACUGCUUCUAUAGAGACAUUAAUGAAUCACUUACAGGAAACAGCUCUUAACCAUGUGAAGACAGCUGGCCUUCUUGGAGAUGGUUUUGGCGCCACGCCAGAGAUGAGCAAACGAAACUUGAUCUGGGUUGUCAGCAAAAUUCAGCUUCUUGUUGAGAAGUACCCCUUGUGGGAAGACACGGUUCAAGUGGACACGUGGGUAGCUGCCGCUGGGAAAAAUGGCAUGCGUCGAGACUGGCAUGUCCUCGACUGCAAGUCUGGAUGUACGAUCUUGAGAGCUACAAGUGUUUGGGUGAUGAUGAAUAAGAACACUAGAAGGCUUUCAAAAAUGCCGGACGAAGUAAGGGCUGAGAUAGGCCCGUAUUUCAACGCCCGCGCAGCCAUAACAGAUGAGCAGAGCGAGAAACUGGCUAAGCCAGGGAGCACUGCUGGUGGCGAUGCUAUGAAGCAGUUCAUGAGAAAGGGGCUCACUCCUAGGUGGUGGGGUGACCUUGAUGUCAACCAGCACGUGAAUAACGUCAAGUACAUCGGUUGGAUUCUUGAGAGUGCUCCGAUCGCGAUCCUGGAGAAGCACGAGCUCGCAAGCAUGACGCUGGAUUACAGGAAGGAGUGCGGACGCGACAGCGUGCUGCAGUCGCUCACCACCGUCGCGGGUGAAUGCGUAGACGGCGACACAGACUCCACCAUCCAGUGCGACCACCUGCUCCAGCUGGAAACAGGAGCCGAUAUUGUGAAGGCGCACACGGAGUGGCGCCCGAAGCGGGCGCAUGGUGAGGGGACCCCCAUGGGGGGUUUCCCGGCGGAGAGCGCGUGAAUCCAUAUUUGGCAGGGUGAGGGGGACGGCUGUGAAGCACAGAUCCUAUGUUUAUGGGUACACUAACGCCCAACUGAGUUGAGUGUGUUUUGGUUGGUUGGUUGGUCGCGACAAGUAUGGCAGGCACAUGGGGGAGCGCCGCAUUACCCACACCCAACCUGGGGAUUUGGCCAAGACAAAAGCCCAGCGGUAUGAGGAUCGAGGAAGCAGACCAGAGUUGUUGCGGAGCGAGAGGACUGGGGAUCAGUGUGUGUUGUGGGUUGCUGGGCAAGGAUACAUGCAGGGGGAGCUGAUGGUUUUGCAGGGGAUGAUGUUGUGUAGCUGGUUGGUUGGUUGGGGUGUGUAGAAGGCAUUCAUUCCCCUUUGUAACAGCCUAAUCUGUACAUUCUUACCAUCAUCUUUGUCUUGUUGAUUGAUCGAGUCGCAGACCUCCUGCGUUUAUUUGCAUUC